AUGACUUCACCAGAAACCCUGCCUACACGUCACACUAGGAAAGGAAGGUCAUGUUCAACUACAGAUAAAAUUAUAUCGCGGUCGUCGUCGUACUCAUCCAAUAGUUCAAUGUCGAAAGACUACAGCGAUCAUACACCCUUGUCUAUAAGCAGUGCAGCUUCGGAACCAUUGGCUUCGCCCCAGUUCAUGCCUAUAAGGACUUUUAACCCAAUAGCUACGGCCGGCCCAACACCUAUGCAUUUGUUUCAGAACGAGAGGGGCAUUUUCAAUCAUCAUUCUUCGUCGAGCUCAUCAAAAGCUAUAUCAUCAAAUAAAAGAGGUAUAGCAGCAGCCGUAGCCCUGGCAACGGCCGCAACAAUACCAUUUCCUUUAAAGAGAAAAAGUCAAGAUGGAAGCUCUAAAGCUCCGGUAGCUGGUUGCGAACCAACGGAACAGAAAAAAAUAGCACUUUCCAUGAAUUCACAAAGUAACAAACCUAGAAAUAGUUGCAUAUGUGGUUCGGAUGAUUCUAAGGAUGAGUUAUUUAUACAAUGUAACAAGUGUAAAACAUGGCAGCAUAAACUGUGUUACUCUUUUAAGAAAUCAGAUCCGAUAAAAAGAGAUUUUGUUUGUAAAAGAUGCGACAGUAAAACAGAAUUACAGGCUAAUCAGGCAAAACCGAUGAUAUUCGCUAGGAAAAUGAGGGAUGAGCGACUAUUUCAAUUUUCAUCUAUCGUGACAACCUCGGCUUUGAAGGCAGACCAACAGCAACAGUCAAUAAAGGGCCCAACGGAACAGCCCAAGAAACGCCAACUUCAUUAUACCAACUCAGUAACACUACCCUCUGAGGAUAGCAUUAAUACACGAAAAAAACUGAAGCAUGAAAAGCCGGUAGCACCAGGCCACUUUUUGAAGCCACUGCUGAAUGAAGUAAGUUCGUCCCACGGGAUCGAAUUCAAACCUAUAACAACAUCUGAAUAUAAAGAUAAAUAUGUCAAGAUGUUUAUUGAUAACCAUUACGAUGAUGACUGGGUCGUGUGUUCCAAUUGGGAAGGCUCAAGGUCAAUUGAUAUACAGGUUAGAAAAUUGUCAAACGGAAAAGAUUUGGCUGUAUUCAUUUCAAACUCUUGCCUUAAGGGUGAGCUAAUUCAAGAAUACUUGGGCAUAAUUGACUUCCAAAAAAAUUAUCAGACGAAUGCAAGUAACGAUUAUCGCUCAAUGGGAACUACAAAACCAAGAGUACUAUUCCAUCCACAUUGGCCUUUGUUUAUAGACUCUCGAGAAGUGGGCGGAUUAACAAGAUAUAUAAGACGGAGUUGUGAUCCUAACGUGGAAUUAAUUACGAUAAGACCACCCAACGAAAAACCGGGGGCAGAUAAAGAUUGCAGAGUCAAAUUCGUCUUGAGGGCUAUAAGAGAUAUUAAGGAAGGUGAAGAGAUAAGCCUUGAAUGGCAAUGGGAUUUGAGGAAUCCUAUUUGGGAGAUAAUAAAUGCAUCCAAGGAUUUGGAUACCCUACCGGAUCUUGACAAGUUCUGGUUGAUGGGAUCAAUAAAGACUAUUUUAACAAAUUGUGAUUGCGCAUGUGGGUAUUUGGAUCAUAACUGCCCCAUAACUAAAAUCAAGAACUUCUCUGAGGAAUUCAUGAGGAAUACAAAAAAAUCUUUAUCUAAUAAAUCUUACUUCAAUACGAUAAUGCACAAUUUCAAGCCACAAAUAUAA